AUCCUUCCAAGAUCUCCCUCCUCCCUAUGGUCAGAAAACAUGAAAUAUCAGUCUCGCUCUCCUUCCAUGUGAACCCACCAACCAACCCUUCUCUCUCUCUCUCUCUCUUGCGGUACCUACACACACACACUCAUACAUACAUACAUAUAUAUAUAUAGAUACGGGAAGUAUGAAGUGGGUUUUUGCAGUAGUGUUGGUGGUGGUAAGCCAAAGUCUGGUGAUAUGUUCGUGGGGAAUUAAAGAUCAUGAGAAGCAGCAGAGUAGAGUUCUGAGAGGAAGAAAACAAGGGAAUGUCUGCAAUUUGUUUGAAGGAAAAUGGGUGGUGGAUAAUUCUUAUCCUCUCUAUGAUUCAUCUUCUUGUCCAUUCAUUGACCCCGAGUUUGAUUGUCAGAAAUAUGGUAGACCUGAUUCACAGUACCUCAAGUACUCUUGGCAACCUCUCUCCUGUAACUUACCCAGGUUUGAUGGGGUGGAUUUUUUGAAGAGAUGGGGAGGGAAAAAGAUUAUGUUUGUGGGUGACUCACUGAGUUUGAACAUGUGGGAAUCGCUCGCCUGUAUGAUUUACUCUUCACUUUCAAAUGCCAAGACCACUAUUCUUAGGAGGACCCCACUCUCCUAUGUCACUUUUCAGGACUAUGAUGUAACUUUAUAUUUAUACCGUACACCGUAUUUGGUGGAUAUAUCUAAAGAAAAUGUUGGACGAGUACUGAAUUUGGGCUUAGUUGAUGGUGGUGGCGAUGCAUGGAAAGGAAUGGACGUACUAAUCUUCAAUUCAUGGCAUUGGUGGUUACACAAGGGAUCAAAAUCUCAAGGGUGGGAUUACAUUAGAGAUGGAGCAACGUUGAAGACAGAUAUGAACAGGUUAGAAGCAUUUUACAAAGGAUUGAUCACGUGGAGUAAUUGGGUUGAUCUCAAUGUCGACACUACCAAAACCAAAGUUUUCUUUCAAGGGAUUUCUCCCACUCAUUAUGAGGGCAGAGAUUGGAAUCAGCCGAGGAAGAAUUGUUAUGGAGAAAUGCAGCCAAUGUAUGGAUCCACAUAUCCAGCCGGUGCACCUCCCGCAACUGUUAUUGUCAACAAAGUUUUGGGAAGUAUGAAGAAACAAGUAUAUUUACUUGACAUAACAACACUCUCUCAAUUAAGAAAAGAUGCUCACCCAUCUGCUUAUGGAGGCGAUGGCGGUAACGACUGCAGCCACUGGUGCCUCCCUGGUUUGCCUGAUACUUGGAACCAACUCUUGUAUGCACUUCUUAUUAUGUGAACAACAAAAAUUAUUUCUCACACAAUUCAUCAUUUACUCUUGUAGAUGAUAAUAAAAGAGGCAAAAAAAUUCAAUUGUAAAGGGAAUUGCUUUUUCUUUAAAGAAAAGAAUAAUUGCUUUUCAA